AUGCAGCACGGCGCGCCGGACAGAGAGUUCGGAGGGAGCAUUAGACUCCUCUGUUCUUCGGUGCCUUCUCAUACGCUCUUCUCAGCAAAACUAGAAGAGAUGAAUAGGGGGAGAACUGAGGGCAUAACCUUUACUAAGGAACCGUUUAUGGAGGAUGCGGGGCCUCGUAAGAUAAAGAACAUGAAGUUCUCCAUGUUAUCAGAAUCGGAAAUAAGCAAACUUGGUGAAGUUCAAGUGUGGAAAGGUUCCUACUAUGAUUCCUUUAAGAAGCCUAUUCAUGGUGGCUUGUUGGAUCCUCGCAUGGAAUCCUACGUAUUAGGAUACUUAAACCUCGCCCUUCCUGUUCUCAAUGUUGGAUGUUUAGGUAUCAUUGUGGAAAUACUGAAGUGCAUUUGUAAGGAUGCACAUCUAAAUAUAGAUGCUAAUAUUGUAAAAGAAUCAAUUUUACAAAUUAAGAAGACGAAACUGAAGCCAGAGCACAUAAAGAUUUUAGAUAUUAAAAAGCUUCGAGUUGUUCCCCAAGAUGCUGAUAGAAGCAAAUUGCAUUUUCAACUUCACUAUCUCAAAAAUUUGCUUCCAACACUUGUAGUAAAGGGAAUUAAAACUGCUGAUCGAGUUGUUAUCAGCAAAGAAGAUAAAACCACCAAGGCUGAAAAGUUCAAAUUACUGCUAGAAGGGUUAGUUCAUCCUGUUCUUCUUUAUGACUCAUGGUCCUUCAAUCCUAUUUAUAUAGAUGUUUGGAUGCAUAUUAUAUGCCUUUUUGAGGAUUGUUUAAUUGGGUGGAAAAUUGAAUUGAGAGGGUUUGAAAGGGCCUUAGGCUGGUGCUAUGCCAGUGGCACUGCUCAUCUACCUGACAGGUUGGAUCUUCCGGAGUUGCCUCAUGGAGCCCAGUCCUUCUUUGCUUUGAGAUGCAUGCAUGAAAUGAGAUUUCCUGGCGUCCAAAUGAUCUUUAGCCAUCAACAUAGAGCUGAAGCACAACUGAAGGGGAAGGAAGCAUUGGUUUCAACCAAGUAUUAA